UUCGACAGGAAGUGAGCAGUUCAAGAGCUAGUCACGAGAAGAUUGAGGUAUAAUAAGAAGCCACGUCAUGAAAACUUGACUGAGGAAACAAACGUUCGUGAAUAAUUGUUGUAAUCGAAAGGGAAUUAUAACACAAGGGGUAUCGUCAGUCACCACAGGACUUUGGGACUGUUCGUUUGCCUUUAGGCAAUUCGUUGACUGUGGUCGUUUUGCCAAGAUCGUAUGGAAAGAUGUCAGAUAUCGGGGACUGGUUCAAAACAAUCCCGUUCAUCACCCGGUACUGGUUUGCUGGGUCGAUUGCGGUUCCCUUGAUAGGUAAACUGGGACUAAUCAGUCCCAUGUACCUCGUCUUAUGGCCAGAGAACUUCUUUCACAAAUUUCAGGUAUGGAGACCAAUCACCUCCACCCUAUACUUCCCUGUGGGCCCUGGAACAGGCUUCCUCUACCUAGUGAAUCUUUAUUUCCUCUACCAGUACUCUACCAGGCUGGAGACAGGUGGGUUCACACAGUACUCUACCAGUACUCUACCAGGCUGGAGACAGGUGGGUUCACACAGUACUCUACCAGUACUCUACCAGGCUGGAGACAGGUGGGUUCACACAGUACUCUACCAGGCUGGAGACAGGUGGGUUCACACAGUACUCUACCAGGCUGGAGACAGGUGGGUUCACACAGUACUCUACCAGGCUGGAGACAGGUGGGUUCACACAGUACUCUACCAGGCUGGAGACAGGUGGGUUCACACAGUACUCUACCAGGCUGGAGACAGGUGGGUUCACACAGUACUCUACCAGGCUGGAGACAGGUGGGUUCACACGGUACUCUACCAGGCUGGAGACAGGUGGGUUCACACGGUACUCUACCAGGCUGGAGACAGGUGGGUUCACACGGUACUCUACCAGGCUGGAGACAGGUGGGUUCACACGGUACUCUACCAGGCUGGAGACAGGUGGGUUCACACAGUACUCUACCAGGCUGGAGACAGGUGGGUUCACACAGUACUCUACCAGGCUGGAGACAGGUGGGUUCACACAGUACUCUACCAGGCUGGAGACAGGUGGGUUCACACAGUACUCUACCAGGCUGGAGACAGGUGGGUUCACACAGUACUCUACCAGGCUGGAGACAGGUGGGUUCACACAGUACUCUACCAGGCUGGAGACAGGUGGGUUCACACAGUACUCUACCAGGCUGGAGACAGGUGGGUUCACACAGUACUCUACCAGGCUGGAGACAGGUGGAUUCACACGGUACUCUACCAGGCUGGAGACAGGUGGAUUCACACGGUACUCUACCAGGCUGGAGACAGGUGGGUUCACACGGUACUCUACCAGGCUGGAGACAGGUGGGUUCACACGGUACUCUACCAGGCUGGAGACAGGUGGGUUCACACAGUACUCUACCAGGCUGGAGACAGGUGGGUUCACAUGGUCCUCUAGCAGGGGCCAGUUCAGGACCAUGUAAUGUUACAGAACGUUCAGAUACAAACCUUCAUGUAGAAUAGGGAGUUGUCAGGGAAACAGAAUUAAUAGAUCUGUAACAAGGUUCAGAAUGUUUCACAUCACUGAGUAGUCCUAUAUCCCAGUGAAGACAGGUGGGUUCACGCCAGG